GAUGGAGCCGCUCCACCACCAGUCCCGUGUCAGCACCGGCCCCGCACACACUCACUCCCUCGCUCCGGCUCUUAACUAGUCAAAAAAUGGCCAAGAUUGCAGGAAAGUACAAGAUGGAAUCGUCUGAGAACUUUGACGAUUUCAUGAAGGCCCUGGGUGUGGGUCUAGUGAUGAGGAAGAUGGGCAAUGCAGCCACUCCAACAGUUGAAAUUUCCUUGGAGGAUGAUGUAUACACAAUGAAGACUACCACCACCUUCAAGACAACGGAAGUAAAGUUCAAACUUGGUGAAGAGUUUGAAGAGACCACUGCUGAUGGCCGAAAUGUGAAGUCGACCAUCACCCUUGAAGGUAACAAAAUGAUCCAUAAUCAGAAGGGUGACGAAGAGAAAAAGGAGAAGAGUUCAGUUCUCACUCGUGAGUUUACGGAUACUGAAAUGCUUAUGGAGUGUAAAGUAGAUGACAUUGUGUGCAAGAGGGUCUACAAACGUCUGGAUUAAGUGACUUGGGAUAUUAACCUGGACACCUUGAGAAAAAGCAAUGGCUUUACUUAUUGGUGUACUGAAAGUUUGUGUAACUAUUGCUGUGAAAGUAUAAUCUCUGGCUGUCUUUAAUAUAUGAUCUUUAUCAAGGAUACAUGCACAUUAAUCUGCAUAUUUUGCUCAAUUUUUUUUUAAUGGCCUCCAUUACAUCUUGAUUUCAACUCAAAUGUUUGAUCAUGCCUAAUUUAAGGAUGUCACUAUUUUGUAGACUUUAUAUUAAAUUUCCAUCUUGA